GACCCGCCAAGCAUUCAACUAUGGAGACAAAACCUGACAAAUGAUCAUUCAGGGGCCAGCUUUCAUUUUUCUACUCGUGGUUUAAUUGGUCAUUGUUUCCUAUUUAUUGACACAUGCAUUAAGCUUUGUCCUUCAUAUUCUCUUAUCAGCUCCUGUGGUGGUGAAUAUCUAAUCAACGACAGAAAUCAAUGGCUGCUCAGAAUGGUUUUGCUUCUGCAGAAUCUGAAGAGAUAAAUCAGACCACUCAUCUCUUUUCUCCUCCAUAUGCUAUUGAAAUGGAGAAUCAUAAAUCUCUUAACAUUCCAGGAUGGUAUGCUGAUGUUCCCUACGGAUGGCCAGGAGAGGCACACUUGUUCAAGGUGGAAAAGGUCCUCUUUCAUGGCAAGUCAGAAUACCAGGAUCUUUUUAUAUUUCAGUCAUCAGCGCAUGGCAAGAUUGUGAUCUUGAAUGGUGCUAUUCAACUUACAGAGAAGGAUGAGUUUGUCUACCAAGAAAUGCUCACCCACCUUCCCCUUUGCUCCAUUCCAAACCCAAAGAAGGUAUUGCUAAUUGGAGGGGGUGAUGGUGGGAUUUUGAAAGAAAUAUCUCGUCAUUCCUCGGUUGAUCGUAUUGAUAUUUGUGAAAUUGACAAAAUGGUGAUUGAUGCGUAUAAACGGUUCUUUCCGGAUAUAGCAAUCGGAUACAAAGAUCCCCGAGUCAACCUGCACAUAGGAAACGGAGUUGAAUUCCUGAAAACUGUUCCUCAGGGUACUUACGAUGCAAUCCUAUUGGACGCGUUCCAAUGCAUGGGGCCUGAAGAAGAAGAAGUAGGGGAUAAAUGGUUCCUAGAAUCGGUUGCAAGGGCGCUUCGGCCAGGAGGGGUCAUGUGUUGCCCAGCGGACAGCUUGUGGCACGCAGAAUUUUCACUUUCAGAUUAUAUAGCAAGAUGCCGCAAGGCAUUCAAAGGCUCUGUUAACUACGCCUGGUGCACAACUCCUGCAUAUGCCAGUGGGAUGAUAGGUUUCAUGCUUUGCUCCACCGAGGGACCACCGGUCGACUUCAAACACCCUGUAAAUAUACUGAAUCCUGAGAAUUAUGGUGUAGCCAAAGGACCUCCCCUGUUUUAUAAUUCAGAGAUCCAUACUGCUGCAUUCUGUCUACCAUCUUUUGCAAAGAAGAAGAUGUUCGGCUCCAAAAUCUGAUUAACAAGAGGAAUGAGAUUCAGCCAUAGCUAGCUAGUUACCUUAUUUUCAUUUACUAUAAACUCGUUUAAAAAUCUAAUUAACAAGAGUAAUGCGAACAUUUGAGAGAGAAAAAAAAUGCAAACAACCAUAGAAAAGUUUCUUUCC